AUGUGUGGUACGCCGCACAAGUCUAUCCAAACACCAUCUAAGUAUGAAGAUGAGUAUCAAAGGGCUGUGGAUUCACGUCAGUCCCUUUCCAAUUACUUCGUGGAGAAGAAUGUGGUGCGGACACCAAAAAACCUUCCAAUGGAUGCAACAGCGCCCCUACUCUGUGCAUGAACUACUGCAUAUCCUUUCAAGGAUAGCAACUUGGCCGACACACCUGGAAAAAGGGUAGGAGGAGUGGGUCCUGGAGGUCUUGGACAUGUAGCUGUGAAGUUUGGCAAGGCAUUUGUUCGCCACGUAACUGUCAUCAGUACCUCUCCAUCUGAAGAAAAAGAGGCCAAAGACCGCCCGGUAGCUGAUGAUUUUAUAGUCAGCACCAAGGCCCAAAAACUGCAGGCGGCUAGGAGAAGUCUAGAUUUCAUCGUGGAUACAGUGUCAGCUCAGCAUUAUUUGGGGGCAAUGCUGGAAUUACUCAAGGUAGCGGUCCUGGGAGCACCACACAAGCCGAUUGAGCCGCCAGCUUUUCCUCCGAUAUCAGACAAGAGAUCUGCAAAGGGUAGCAUGACAGGAUCAACGAGAGAGACACAAGAGACGCUGAAUGUGCGUGGCAAACACAACAUAAGUUGUGACACUGAGCCUGUGAAACCAGACUACAUCAAUGAAGCUCGGGGCUGCUUUGCAAGAAACGAUAUUAGAUAUCGUUUCUUCAUUGACAAUGCUGGAAUGUCUUCAAACAUUUAGAGAUGCAGAAAGCUCCCUCACAUAUAUAGUAUUU